GUUUCUCACGUGGGCGUUCCCGAGCGCUGCUACUCUCUUCCUGAAGCGAGGGGGAGGGAGGAGGAGAGGAGGGAUGCGGGAGCACACCUUACCCUCUUUACAAGCACAUCCUCAGAGCGCACCGUUACAAACCACCAUCACCACCCACACUGUCCAACCGGCACUCAACACUGCGCCUGGACUGCAGGAUGAGGACCUGGUUCAGGGCCCAGUACGGGGAGAGCAGUCUGGUGCUGCUUGGUCUGGUAACACUGGCUCUGUCUCUGGGCAAUCUCUCGAGCAGAGGACAGGAGGAUGGUGUAGCAUCCAACAGUCUGGAGGAAAGGCUGGAAGUGAUCACGUACUGGUGGGGAGAAUGGACGAAAUGGACGGCAUGCACGCGUACCUGCGGAGGAGGAGUCAUGUCUCAAGAGAGACACUGUCUUAAGCAAAGAAAGAAAACAGCGACCGCUAAGGACAACAUGACGUGCACGGGCAGCGCAAAAAAGUAUCAUCUCUGCAAUACGAAGGAAUGUCCUGCUACAGGAAGAAGCUUUAGAGAAGAGCAAUGCUGGUCGUUCAACUCUCAGGUGUACAAUGGAAAGAACUACCACUGGAAACCACUAUAUCCCGAUGACUAUGUUCACAUCUCCAGUAAUCCGUGUGACCUGCACUGCACCACCUCUGAUGGCCAGAGACAGCUGAUGGUGCCUGCACGUGACGGGACGUCCUGCAAGUAUAGCAACUACAGGGGAGUUUGUGUGGAUGGGAGAUGUGAGCCCAUCGGAUGUGACGGCGUCCUCUUCUCACCCAACACUCUGGAUAAGUGUGGUGUAUGUCAGGGGGACGGCAGCAGCUGCAGUCGUGUUACCGGGAACUUCCGUCGAGCGGCUACUCUGGGCUAUUCUUUCAUAGCUCAAAUCCCAGAAGGAUCUUGGGACAUCCAGAUCAUUGAGAGGAAGAAGUCUGCAGAUAUACUGGCUGUGACUGACCAAGCGGGGAACUUUUUCUUCAACGGUGCCUAUAAAGUGGAUACCCCGCAGAACUUCCACGCAGCAGGGACCGUUUUCAAAUACCGACGGCCCACAGACGUGUACGAGACGGGGAUCGAGUACAUCGUGGCGAAAGGGCCCAUCGAUCAGCCCAUCAAUGUUCUGGUCUGGAACCAAAAUGGGCAAAAUCCCUACAUCACCUACGAGUACACAGUGAUGCGUGACUCCCUCACUUCGGUCCCCCAGCCCCCUGUUUACACGGGCCCUCGCGAUGGAUCCAGUCUGCUCUCUGUGGAGGUUGAGAGUGUUUUACAGCACAAUGAAAGUGUGCACGAUAAAGCACUGCCUGAAACGGAGGGCAACCAGGUACAGAUGCAGGACACUGGGCCAAGAGCUGUGGAGGGACAGAAGCCUGGCCAGGAGACCAAUGAAGUGUACGAGACAGCUGUCAUUGACUGUGAGCAGGUUGACAAAACACCAGUCCAGUACACAGAGGGAAACUGCAGCUGGCGCAAUGGAGAGGCGGCUGCUGAUGUUGCGCCGGUCAACAGACCCGCCGAAGACUCUAAAAACCUCAUCUGGAGGGUGCUGCUGGUUGAGCGACCUGGCUCUGACGGUGUUCUCGCUAACAUCUCGACCAAUCAGCUUCAUACCAUUAAAGACGGCUCGUCCACUGAAGCAGGGCCGCUGGAACUAGACUACAGCAGUUUUGAGCAAACAGGCUUUCUUAACGGCUCUCUGCUUGAGUUCACCCUGGCCCAUCCGCGAAAUGACACGGGGGAUGUCCUGCUCCCGAACAGAACCAUCGCUACCAGUUUACGGAACAACGGGCGUGGAAAUCGUACCAGGAAUAACCAAAGGCUUCUUCAGAAGAACAGACCGAGUGCCGCUGACAUGUAUCGGUGGAAGUUGUCCUCACAAGAGCCCUGCAGUAUGACAUGCUCAAUAGGUGUGUCGAAAUCACUGGCCAUGUGCGUGCGGUACGACGGCAUUGAGGUGGAUGACGUUUACUGUGACGCUUUGACUCGUCCAGAGCCCGUUCAUGAUUUCUGCAUCGGGAGGGAAUGCCAGCCCAGAUGGGAGGCCAGUAGCUGGAGCGAGUGCUCGCGCACCUGUGGUGAAGGUUUUCAGUUCCGCCUCGUGCGCUGCUGGAAGAUGUUGGCUCCUGGAUUGGACAGCUCCGUGUACAGUGACCUGUGCAAAGAGGCGCAGUUAGAGCGCCCCCUAGAGAGCCGGGCCUGUAAGAGCCCCACCUGUGGCCCUCAGUGGGAGGUGGCCGAGUGGUCAGAGUGUCCAGCGAAAUGUGGCCGCAGAGGUGGGGUUACCCGUGAGGUCCGGUGCUCAGAUGAGACCCACGCAUGUGAUGAGGCAACACGCCCACCAUCAGCUAAAAACUGCACUGGCCCUCCAUGUGAACGCCAGUGGACGAUAUCGGAGUGGGGACCGUGCUCGGGCGUUUGUGGGCACGGGAAAACAGUGCGGCAAGUAUACUGCAAGACCCCAGAGGGCCGGGUGGUACCCGAGUCUCAGUGCUCACACGAGACCAAACCUCUGGCUACUCACCCCUGCGGAGACAAUGAAUGUCCCCCGCACUGGCUGGCCCAAGACUGGGAGAGGUGUAACACAACAUGCGGGCGGGGGGUGAAGAGAAGGACCGUGUCGUGCAUGGGCAUCACGGGCGGGAAGGUCCAGAUUCACGGGGACGAGGAAUGUGACGUCGGCAUGAGACCGGCAGAUGAGGACACUUGCUUUGAAAGACCUUGCUUCAAGUGGUACACGACACCCUGGUCUGAGUGCACCAAGACCUGCGGCGUCGGCGUGAGAAUGAGAGACGUGAAGUGCUACGAGGGAAGAGAGGUCGUUCGCGGGUGCGACCCUCUGACCAAGCCGGUGAACAAGCAGACGUGCGCACUCCAGCCUUGCCCCACCGAACCUCCAGAUGAAAACUGCCAGGAUCGGUCCUCCGCGAACUGCUCGCUGGCUCUGAAGGUCAAUCUGUGCAGUCACUGGUAUUACAGCAAAGCCUGUUGCCAUUCCUGCCGUAAUCUCCGUGCUUCAUAGUGCCUGACCAAGACAUCAGAUGGAUGCCACCCACAGCACUUAAAGGCCAAAGAGUUAAGAAUUAAGGCAAAGGAGUUGACUGAAAGAGUAUUUGAAUGCAUUAAUGGCAGUAUUAUGUUACAUAUUUUAUGACUAUAUCCUGUUAUUGCGGGAUACAUUAAGGAACUAUUAAGUUAUUUGGUUAUUGCUCAGAGGAGUAUAUUGCAUGUGAUAAAGUAUUUAUUAUUGGUCAGAUUUAUUUUCUGGCAGGGGUGUAGAGGUCAAUACUGAAUAUUACCUCUGACAAAAGAUGGCUGAUUUUAGUACUGUACAUCCAAACACAGAAUGAGCCUCGACCCGUUGCAGACCUUACUCUACUGUUUACUUAUAGCCUGUUUAAGUAGAUGGCCAAUGCUAGGCUUACGUUUAUUUAUUGGUUAGAGCAGACGUUCUGCUCUUUAUUCUCCCAUUCUGUAUUAUUCAUUCAUGUUUGUAUCAUCUGAUGGAGAGUGGGUUUAUCAGAACCUGACAUACCUGAGUCAUUCCAUACUUGAACAAAAUAAAAUUGUAUCCAUUUUAUAUAUUGCUUGACUGAGACUCAAUAAACCUAUUGUAUU